AUGUCGCUAUUCGAACGAAGAAGCAGUAUGGAGACCUUACGAGAUCACUGGAAUACGACUACUCCGAAUGACUUGGCUGCUAGAGCGUCUUCACCUACAGGUUCCGAACGUCGAAAACUGAGUUUUAAUCCUGUCGGUAGCUGGGUUCCGAACGUUGCACAUGAGGAACCCGUUGCCGCGUUUGAGGUCAGCAAGAUCAAGAGGAUAGCUCAAGUUGCUGUUGCUUGUGUGUAUUGCUUGUUCGCUGCUGGAGUAGUAUUUGGAUAUGCUGCUAUCAAGCCUGUUCUGAUAGAACAAGGUGUCUAUGCCGAGCGAUGCACACCUAAAGAGAUUGAAGAGGGCGUAUGGGUUUGCUACGAACAAGAGUUGAGACUCAACUUGAUGUUCACUGUCGCCGCUGUCAGCACAAACGUUUGCGCUUUACCUGUUGGAACCAUCUUGGAUCGCUAUGGACCCAGAGUUGCUGGUAUCAUCGGCUGCUUUCUUCUUGCUAUCGGAUCUGCUCUUCUGGCCUUUGCUUGGGACCAUCGUGGAAGUGUCGACCUUUGGAUUCCUGGUUACUUCUUCCUCGCUCUUGGUGGACCUUUCAUCUUCAUCUCAAGCUUCCAACUUUCGAACACUUUCCCCAAGCAUUCGGGCACGAUUCUCGCGCUGUUGACUGGUGCCUUUGAUACCAGCUCUGCCGUCUUUCUUGUCUAUCGCCUCAUUUUUCAAGCCACCGACAGAAGCUUCAGCACCAAGAAAUUCUUCUUGAUUUACCUGGCUGUACCCGCCUUGAUCCUCAUAGCUCAAAUUUUCCUCAUGCCAUCCAACAGCUACAAAACCGUUGGUGAAUUGGUUCAGCAAGCCGAGGAACCAUUAGCAGACUCAGACUCAGAUCUCGAAAUCAGUAAUGAGGAACGUGCUCAGCUUCGUCAAGAACGUCGCGAGUCCAUAGUCAGCGAGAUUACCGAAUUAUUGGGCACGAAGGGCGCCGAGGAUCAGCAAGCUCAGCAACAACAAGUCGAAACGAUAAGCGGUGUCUGGGGUGUUUUGCAUGGAAAGCCUGCGCUGAAGCAGAUCAUGACACCAUGGUUCAUCCUCAUUGCUCUGUUCACUAUCAUCCAGAUGACCAGAAUCAACUACUUCGUCGCCACCAUCCGCACUCAAUAUUCCUAUCUGGUUGGUCCUGGAAAAGCCGAGAACAUCAACGCCUUCUUCGAUAUUGCGCUCCCUCUCGGCGGUGUUGUUGCCGUUCCUUUCAUCGGUCUUGUUCUUGAUCACACGAGCACAGUGUUCACACUCACCCUUCUGGUAACCAUUGCGACAACGAUUGGAGUCCUCGGAGUUAUUCCCAACACUGCAUCCGCAUAUGCUAAUAUCAUUCUCUUCGUCAUCUACCGUCCCCUGUACUACACAGCUGUAUCGGACUACUCUGCCAAGGUCUUUGGGUUUGCUACCUUUGGCAAGGUUUACGGUCUCAUCAUUUGUCUCGCUGGUCUGUUCAACUUUUCGGCUCAAGGAUUGGAUGCACUUACCCAUCAUGCUUUCAACAACAACCCAGUCCCUGUUAACAUCAUUCUGCUCUCUACUGCAUUCGCGGUUGGUGUUUUGCUGGUUGGCUACGUCUGGUAUCAGUCUAGGUCUAUCGAGAGGGAUGACUUGGAGGAAGAGGCCGAGGAGGCCAGAGAGGUGUUGAUGCCUGGUGCCGAUGCAAACAACACAAUGAGAGAGCAUGGUCACCAGACAUAUGGCGCUGCAUAG